GGGCCGGGCGGGCGGGGGUCGUUCUCCGGCUCGCCAGGCUGCCCCUUGCUCCCGCCUGGGCCUGGGUUUCCCCGACCGCUCCGCCCGGGACCGUGGGUGCGGGGGCCGGGAGGUGCCGGGGCCACGAUGCCCCGCCCGGCCCCCGCUUGGUCGGCCUCCCAGGCUGGCCGUUUCUUUGCGCAACUCCCCCACAGCUUGCGUUUCCUGCUGCCCAGGGUAGGGGGCAGGGCGCACAGAGCGACAGCCGGUAACGGGGCAGGCAGAUCCUUCAGGGGCGCUCUGGCAGUGAGUGGGUUGGGGACACUUCGCGGGCGAAGGUGGGCGGGCGUCGGGGCCGGGUAACUGGACGUGCCUUCGCGCACCGUGCUCUUGUGCAGACCUGUCACAGGCUCGGCCGGGCCUGCUCGGAGCCGCUCCCGUCAUGGGCUGUGGAGCCGGCGGGAGCUGCACGCCGCGCCCGCCCAUCCGCCAGCAGCCGGCACCAGAAACCCGCGUGGUCGCUGUGGUCUUCCUCGGCCUCCUGCUGGACCUCCUGGCCUUCACCCUGCUGCUGCCCCUACUGCCUGGGCUGCUGGAGAGCCACGGCCGUGCCCACGACCCCCUCUACGGCUCCUGGCAGCGCGGGGUGGACUGGUUUGCAGCAGCCAUAGGGAUGCCAGCGGAGAAGAGAUACAACAGCGUCCUGUUCGGAGGUCUGAUCGGCUCCGUUUUCUCGCUCCUGCAGUUCCUCUCAGCACCCCUCACAGGGGCCGUGUCUGACUGCCUGGGGAGGCGCCCGGGGAUGCUGCUGUCCCUGGCAGGUGUGGCCACCUCGUACGCCGUGUGGGCUGCCUCGAAGAGCUUUGCGGCCUUCCUGGCCUCCAGGGUGAUAGGCGGCAUCAGCAAGGGGAACGUUAGCCUCUGCACCGCCAUCGUUGCCGACCUGGGCUCACCGUCUGCCCGCAGCAAGGGCAUGGCAGUCAUUGGGGUGGCCUUUUCUCUGGGUUUCACUCUGGGCCCCACCCUGGGAGCCUUCCUGCCCUCGGAGACGGUGCCCUGGCUGGCCCUGCUCUUCGCCAUCUCUGACUUGCUGUUCAUCUGGUGCUUCUUGCCAGAGACGCUGCCCCCAGAGAAGCGGGCGCCCUCCGUCACCCUGGGGUUCCGGGCGGCCGUGGACCUGCUCAGCCCUCUGGCCCUGCUCCGCUUCUCGGCCGUGGCGCGGGGCCCAGACCCGCCCACUGGAGUCAGGCUUGGCAGCCUGCGCGGCCUGGGCCUGGUCUACUUGCUCUACCUGUUCCUGUUCUCGGGCCUGGAGUUCACGCUCAGCUUCCUGGUGCACCAGCGCUUCCAGUUCAGCAGGGUAGAACAGGGGAAGAUGUUUUUCUUCAUCGGUCUCACCAUGGCCACCAUCCAGGGAGCCUAUGCCCGGCGGAUCCGCCCUGGCAGGGAGAUCACGGCUGCGAAGCGGGCCAUCCUGCUGCUCAUCCCCGCCUCCCUCUUCGUCGGCUGGGGACACACGCUGCCCAUCCUGGGCCUGGGGCUGCUCCUCUACUCCUGGGCCGCAGCCGUCGUGGUCCCCUGCCUGUCCUCCGUGGUCGCCGGCUACGGCUCGCCCCGGCAGAAGGGCACGGUCAUGGGCACGCUGCGGAGCCUGGGCGCCCUGGCCAGGGCCGUGGGGCCCGUGGUGGCCGCCUCAGCGUACUGGCUGGCGGGCGCCCGCGUCUGCUACACCGUGUGCGCGGUGCUCUUCCUGCUCCCCUUCUCCAUCCUGCGGACCCUGAGCCCCGCGGCGCGGACACUCAAGGCCGAGUAGCUGGGCCCCCCGCCUGCGGUGACGUGAGGGCGGGGGACUGCGCGGUUCUCAGCGACACAGGGCCUCAGCUCGGCCUCAGAGUGACAAAGCAGCUGUUACACACCAAGUGCCUUCCUGCAGCGCACACCCCGUCCC